GAAAAGUGAGGGCCCGGCUCCAGGCUUACGCCCCGGCACCCAGCAUGUACUACCAGCUGAUGCUCUCCUGCGAGGUGACGGGGGACCCCAGGGCCACUGGCUCCCUGGGCACCGCCGUGGCCACCUACAACCUGUGGAUAGAGGACCUGCAGUGGAAAGCGUUCAUCUUUCCCCAAGAGACCAAAGGUUCCCUCGUCCUGGUGAGGGUGAAGCCAGCGCAGCCGCUGCUCAACUUCACCGUCUGCCUGUGCUCCUUCACCGACCUGAGCCACCCCUACAGCCUCUUCUCCUACGCCACCAAGGAGCAGAGCAAGGAGAUCCUCCUCCACAAGCACAGACCCGGCGAGUACCACUUCUACGUGGGGGGCGAGUUCCUCACCUUCCACGUCCCCCUGAGCUUCGUGGAGAGCGAGCACGUCUGCGUCAGCUGGGAGUCCACCACCGGCAUCGUGGGCUUCUGGUUCAACGGCAAGCCCUGGCCCCGCAAGGGGCUGCAGAAGGGCUACACGGUGGGGGCGAAGGGGGUCAUCGUGCUGGGGCAGGAGCAGGAGCAGGAGCAGGAGCAGGGCAGCUUCGGCACCCAGUGGGCCUUCGCGGGGGAGAUCUCGUCUGUGUACAUGUGGGACGUGGGGAUCAUCACCAGGCAGGUGCAUGAGGCCAUGCAAGACCGCUUCGACGACGUCCCCCUCUUCGGCUGGACGAACUUCCCCUACAAGCUUGUGGGCGAGGUGUACCUGAAGCCGUGA